CUUCCAGGCAGCUAAUCAAAGGCACUUGCAGCACGGAGAAGAGCUUCGAGUCCGUUUUGGCCAGCUCUGGCAUUUUCAAACCAAGGUGUCUGGCUGUCUAUCUGAUCAACUGUCUGUCUGUUUGCCUGGCUGGCUGCUGGAGCCUUCUCCUGUGCUACCCCUACCUUGCAGAAGGGCACAACUUGGGAUAUCUCAUCAUGCACACACAAGGUCUCAGCAAAUUCUUACUGCUGGCUUCAUCUCUUUUCUUCACUGUGUCAUCAGCUGUUCCCCAAGGUUUCUCACCAUCCCUGAGGAGCGGGCCAGGUGCUACCUGUAGGUUGUCCCGGACAGAGGCAGAACGCAGGUGCAGGGCACCAGGACAGCCACCCGGGAGCCAGCUGUGCAAUGGCCGAGGCCGCUGUGACUGCGGAGUCUGUAUCUGUCACGUGACAGAGCCCGGCAUGUACCUGGGGCCUCUCUGUGAGUGCCAUGAAUGGGUGUGCGAAACCUACGAUGGGGAGACCUGUGCAGGCCAUGGAAAGUGUGACUGUGGCAAGUGUAAGUGUGAUGAAGGAUGGUAUGGUGAAGCUUGCCAAUACCCAACUAAUUGCAACCUCACAAAGAAAAAAAGUAAUCAGAUGUGUAAGAAUUCUCAAGAUACCAUCUGUUCUAAUGCAGGUACAUGUCACUGUGGCAGGUGUAAGUGUGAUAAUUCAGAAGGAAAUGGACUAGUUUAUGGUCAAUUUUGUGAGUGUGAUGACCGAGAAUGCAUAGAUGAUGAAACAGAAGAAAUGUGUGGAGGCCAUGGAAAGUGUUACUGUGGAAACUGUUACUGUGAGGCUGGUUGGCAUGGAGAUAAAUGUGAAUUCCAGUGUGACAUCACCCCCUGGGAGAGCAAGAGAAGAUGUACAUCUCCAGAUGGCAAAAUCUGCAGUAACAGAGGAACAUGUGUGUGUGGUGAGUGUUCUUGCCAUGAUGUGGACCCAACAGGAGACUGGGGAGACAUUCAUGGGGAUACCUGUGAAUGUGAUGAAAGAAAUUGUAGAGCAGUCUAUGAUAGAUAUUCUGAUGACUUCUGUUCAGGUCAUGGGCAGUGUAACUGUGGAAGAUGUGACUGCAAAGUUGGCUGGUCUGGCAAAAAGUGUGAGCAUCCCCUUUCCUGCCCACUGUCUGCUGAGGAUAGCAUCAAGAAGUGCCAAGGAAGCUCCAAUUUGCCCUGCUCUGGAAGAGGCAAAUGUGAAUGUGGCCAAUGUACCUGCUACCCUCCAGGAGAUAGCAGAGUUUAUGGCAAGACCUGUGAAUGUGAUGAUCGGAAGUGUGAAGACUUGGAUGGGACAGUUUGUGGAGGUCAUGGUAAAUGUUCCUGUGGUCGCUGCAUUUGUGAGAGAGGGUGGUUUGGAAAACUCUGCCAAUAUUCAAGAAAAUGCAACAUGACUGAAGAAGAAAGCAAGAGUUUGUGUGAAUCAGCAGAUGGCAUAUUGUGCUCAGGGAAGGGCUCUUGUCACUGUGGAAAGUGCAUCUGUUCUUCUCAGGAAUGGUACAUUUCAGGGGAAUUCUGUGAAUGCGACGACAGAGACUGCGACAAGCAUGAUGGCCUCAUUUGCACAGGCAAUGGAAUAUGUAGCUGUGGAAACUGUGAAUGCUGGGAUGGAUGGAAUGGAAAUGCUUGUGAAAUUUGGCUUGGGGCAGAAUAUCCUUAACAAUUACAUGACAAAGGACUAAGUUCUUGUUUUUUUAGGCCAUUAGAACACAUAAAUGCACAGCAAACAGCAUAUAAUCACCACUAGGGCUACUCAAGCAGACUAUUGUAUGUUUUUUCUAUUUCUGAAUGCCUGAGUAAAAUCUGGGUACCCAUUAAAAAUGAGUCUAAGCAGUUUGUGAUGGAAAUAGCACAAGAAAGGGCUUUCUUACGUAAUUUGCAUGGUUGUCAGCUCUGAACAUCAUUACACAAUGAAAACCACAUUAGGCCUAAUGAGGCAGAGACAUCACAGAUGAAACUGCGAAGCUAUUGAUCAGACACAGACUAUAUUGUGUCCUAGUCUGAACUUCUAAAUGUGAAUGAUAGAAAAGUCAACUCCAUAGUACAUAUAGUCUGUGGCAAGUGCUCACAGUGACUACAGAAUGCAAUCAAUCCCUUUCAAAAUCAGUCAGUUUCAACACUAAGGAAACUUUAAGCUUGUUGUUUAAUUUUCAUAUUUACAGAACUAAAAAUUCAUGUAAAGAAACCCUUCAGAUGCAGAGAGUAAUUAAGAAAAAUGUACAUUUUGCAAAGUUUAAUAAAUAAUAUCAUGACGUGACUGUACUGUUUGUAUCUAUUGAUCUUUAAAAAACAAGGGAAAUCCACGAUACACUGCUAAGUUGAAAAUAUCUGAUUAAUAGCUAGCAUUUAUAUUAACACUUUAAGGAUUGUAAAGUGCUUUGGAAAUGGCCAAAGGGUAUGUAUGUGUGGAGAUGAAUUUUCUCAAUACGUAAAUUUUUUCUUGAUAGUAAAUUAAGGCAUUUAGAGGACUCUGACUUGAUAGCCUAGUGGUUUAAAUGACUUAUAUGCCUUUGAUGAUGAGUACUUAGUUACUGUGAAAAUAGAAUCAUUAUAAAAUAUAAUUUGGAGACUAUUAUAAUCCACUAGCAUCAACCCCUCAAGCUUUGAUAAGGGCAAAAUAAAGGACUAGUACAGGUUGAAUAGCAAAUACAAUUAUUUGUAUUUGUAAUAGUAUGAAAAAAAUUAUUUCUUCUCAAUGAUGAAAUGAAAUUCCCAUUGAAUUAUUGGGAUGUUCCUAAUUUACUUACCAUCAAAUCUAAUUGUGCAUGUCAGUACUUGCAACCUUUUAAAAUUCAAGGAUAAAAAUGUUUAUAUAUAUAUAUAAAAUCUUCUGAUAAAAUUGCUUAAAUUUGGUAAAGUAAUUUAUAUUUGUAGAAUUGUCAUAAUAUUUAGGGAAAGUUAUUUUAAUGUUUCAAAAGAUGCCAGUUUAAGAUGCAAAUUCCAUUAUGAGUAUUAUAGGCAUCUUCGAGUCAUGACUGGGGUUUUAGAAGUGAUAUCACUAAAACUUAGGAACCAUCCCAAAAAUGAAGAGGAAGAGCUAGAGCCAAAAUCACCUGACUUCUUGGGAGAUCAUUACAGGGUUGAUUUUUCUAUUUGUUGUAAAUGUACCAUAGCGUUCCUGUACAUUGAUGUGUUUGUAAGUUCUCAAUUGUUGAGCCUAAAAUGGAUUAAUAGAACUUUCCCAAUUGUUUCCAUAUCCUUGUUUGAGUCAGCUGCUAUAGAAGCUUUUUUAAAGGUAGGAAGGGAAGUUAGAAUCCAAGGAAAGAUUUAUGCCUCCAUUUUUUUUUCUCUUUUCUGUUUUGAUGUCACACUCCCAAACAAACUUCAAUGAAUAUGUUAACUGGUAUUUUAAUGAAAGUGGCAAUGAGAUGCAGCAAGAAGCAAUGAACAGAGAAAUGGCCUCAUAGCCAAGAAGACCUGGGUUUAAGUCCUUCCCCUGACAUAUAGUGGAUCUGAGACCCCAGGUAAGUCAUUUAAUCUUUCAGUGCCCCAACUUGACUAAGACUAUAAAUUGUCAAGAGGGUGCCAAUCUAUACUGGUCAAGGGACUUUCCUAUGCCAAUGAAAUUGUAGGUCUUGUACAUAUUCUAUUUAAAGAGAUAUAGAAAAAAUAGGAAAAGCAUUUGUGUAUUAACUAUUAGUUCCAGUAUUUGAGACUUUUUUCACUGAACCACGUGUUAGUAAUUCUCCAAGAAAGGGUUGUUGUUUUUUUCUUGUCAGGUAAUAUUAGGUAUACUUAAUUUUGUUUGUGAUUUUUUAUUUUUCACUCUAUCCCACUAUAAAACUAAAAAAAUGCAAGCCCAUCUAUAUUAAUAUUUUUGCAUGAGUAUCAAAAUUGUGUGUGUGUGUGUGUGUGUGUAAUUUCGGCUACUGGAUAAACUAUUUUAACUUUAAAGAUCAGGACAUGUUUUAGCUAGAUGCUUUAACAAAGUGGAAAAGGGUUGUUUUUGUUUUGGCUUAUUAGCUACAAUGGGGGUUAACUAAAUUAUAAAAAAUAAAACAAACUGCUUUCUCAUUAGAUGUUAUGUAAUUAAUUAACAACUGGUUAAUAGUGAAAACAUUAUUUUUUAAAUAUCCAUUUUCAUUUUCAUGACCAAAAUUCUUAUAAAAUCAUAAUAAAGGGGGAAAAGUUGUAUAAUUUAACUUGCACAUGACAACCAUGCUUAUCUUGUGGUGUAAUAUAGGGAACCCAUCUUAAUAUCUGAAUCCAUCACAGGACAUGUAAUUAAGCUGUGAUGGCUUCAAAGAAUAUGAGCUAGUACAUCACAUAGUUAUAGAUAUGGCACUGGUAGAAAUGAAGAGGAUCCUCAUUCCUUUCUCAAAGCCAAAUUCAGGGUGAGACUGGGACUCUAUCUUGAUGCUGGGGGGAAGUAGUCCUGCCAUACAAGGGUAAAGGCUUUUUUUCUGCCAAUGGGUAUGAAUAAGUGAUAUAAAUAGGGGAAACCAAUUCAAUUUCAGUGCUUACCUUCUGAAAAAAAAUACUUCAUGUUCAAGUCAGUUUAGAGGAAACAUUAUGAGUUCUACACAGCUAUGAAGAUGUAAGAAAACACUAUUGUUCCCCCUUGCUAAAAGUCAGAGUCCCACAAUCUUGACUUUUUGUUUGUCUGCUUUUCUGGAAAAUGUUAAACGUUUAUCCUUAGCCAUUCUUUUUAUACUAUAAAGCUUCUCUCUAAAGCAUAUUUACUAAAGGUAAUGUUUACCCAUGCCCCUCACUGGGUGUUCCACCUCCUUUCUGGGAAGGUGUUUGCCGAGAAAUCUAAAGUGCAUGUAUUGGUUUGGGGGAGAAAAUUCAAUGGAGUAUGUCUGUGAUUGCAAAGUGGAACAAAGAGUUUGUUACACUUAAAAAAAAUACAUCCCAACACUAGUAUUAGUCAUGAUGAAAAAUACCAUGUAUUAGGGAUUUAGAAAUGAAUUAAGCAACUGCCACAAUGUGCUCAAGGGGGUGUUUAUGGGGAAACACAAUAACCUUAUUUUGUCUUUCAUUUCAACUUUGUUUGCCCUGUCACUUGACUGGUAAACAUCAGAGGGCCUAGGGGGACUUGACUAUACAUACCACUGCAUUUGGAGGUCUUCUUUCAUUCUUCUCAAAAUGAUGGUUCUCUUAUUGCUUUAAAGUUGGCAUAAUGCAAUAAUAGAAUUCCUAGGGACUAUCAGACAAAAAGUCAUUUAGAUGAUAAAUGGAACAAGUAUUUCCAUAUAAAUGAUAUUUCCUAUUUUGGCCAGGCAUGUUUUCCAAAAGGGAGCUAGAAGGAGAUCGAGUGGGGAGGUGUUUUGUUUGGUUUCAGGAACAAACAAACAGAAAUGCUACAGCUGGUUUCAUAGAAUCUUCCAGUGGAAAGUGACCACAGAGGACAUCUGGCCCAACCCCACCUAAACAUUCAUCCUUAGCCUGAGGUUGAAAAAUAAAUCCACGUUGGUUCCCUUUAUAUUCUCUGUGUGGUCCAGCUCUGGCCUCAGUUUUGUAAAAUGUGAGAAAUUCAAAUCAGAAAACUUCUUCUCUGCAUUGAUGCUAUAUCCUAAAAAGAAAUUCAUACAGGCGUUCUGGACAUAUUUAACAAUGGACAAAAUGGGGGCAUAUUCUGAAUGGUGGGAACAGUACUCCUGCUUAGUUUGUCUACUGAAAGGUGGACUGAUUGUAUCACAUCUCUGCAAACAUUGCCAGGUUUUUUUGCAGCCAAAAAACUGUUUGAAAAACAGUGUGGUUGGAAAACAAAGCUGGUGCUGGAAUAUUUAGGUGAUAGGCAUUAUGGAAGCGGGGGUGAUUGAUAAUAGUCUCUCAGCAGGGGAAUUGUGCAAAGCUGUUAAAUAAGAAACCAAGAGAAAUCAAAGCUCCCACAAGACACACAUGCCAAAGGAAUGGGCAACUAUAGAAACUUGAUGUGUAAGGGAUGGAUAUGUACGUAGAAGUACAAGACACACAAUCUGUAAGUACAAAUCGAUUCCAUCAGAUUUACUAUACAGUACUGCGGCAGUAACAUUUUUCACUUAAUAACAGCAAACUUAAUUUGGGGAAACAGAAUGGUGAAAUCUUAUCCUGAAAAUAGCAGUAGAGAGGUAUUAUCACGGAGCUGAAAUUUUCUUUGGCAUGGCAAAGGGGAAAAUCGAGUUUACCAACCUAUUUACAUGACAUGUCUCUAUAUUUGUGGGUGGUGCAAUGUCAUUUUUGCACAUUCUAUUUCUUACAUAAAGUUGUUUGAUGUUUUUCAAUAUGCCUUUGUAUAAAUAUUUUAUUCAAUAUGUUGCAUCUGUGUAUACAACAAAUGAUAAUAAACACAGAAACUGUACAAUGCAGACAAACUCUUUGCAUAUAUGUAUGUAAAUUUAGUAAUACAUACCAACAGUUCUUGAUACACAGGGCCUACUGCAUGCAGUUCACCAUUGCCAUCCUCUUCCCAUGCAACAGAUGAGACCAGACCCAAAAUUAAAGGCCUAACCAAAGCACAAAUGACAAAGACCCCCUCUGAUCUAACUUGAAACAUAUUUUAGAAGAAACUGUUUUUAAGACAUCCACUCAUAGGAAUAAACACCCUUUUAGACAACCCAUAGAAACAGACAGACGAACUAAAAGCAAAGUUGUUACAAUUACAAAACAUUCUAGUCAUUUACAAAUUCAGCUUUACUUUUAACCAGUCAGUGGGAUUUGCAGAGCAAGAAGGACCCAGGAAAUAGAGUUUAACAUCUAAAACAAUGGGUAUGUUCAUGGGAAUAGGGGAGAGUGGGAAUUGAGCAUAUGGUACUUAGAAGCCCCCCUCUCUUUAAAAUCCCAUGUUUCACUGUGUUCGCUUUGUCACAGCCCUGAAGGACACCGUGUUUUCCCCUCCCCACCGUAUUACAGGAGAAUGAGCUUCACAAAAUAUUCUUCACCUUCCAAAGUUAAAGUCAGAUAGGCUCACCCUGCCUUUGAAAUGGAAUUAGAGAAAUUAAGAACAGGUAAAAGAACCACUUUGUCUAUUUGUCAUUUAGCAUCAUCCAUGAUACUCUACUCAAACAUUAUACUUUUAUUUAUUAAAACUGAUUCAAAUAUGAAAAUUUCAGAAGCAUAAACAGUUCAUUUAUACCAAAUCAGCUAAGCAGGCCAAAAGUAUUAAACAACACGUAAGGGCUCUUAUGAUGCUUAGUGUGAAGCAAUGACCAAAGAAUUCACCAGUAAAUACAUUGAAGAUGGGAGAAAUGGUGACCAUGUCAUCCAUCUCUAUGAACAUACUAUCAAAAGGUCAGGACAUUAAUCCCACAUAGAGUUUUCAGGCCUGAGGUACAGAUUGGUCAUAAUUACUUCUUCUGAGAACCAAAAUUUAGGUUUCCUAAGCAUACACAAUUUUCAUUAUCUAUUGACUCUUUGACAAGUUAGACACUAGGUAUUUUGAAAAAUUUCACCUUUAAUAGUUGACAUUUUAUAUGGCAUUGUUAUCCAUUAGCCAACUGCUAUAACCUCUGUCUUAAGUUGGCUACACUGAGCUCAAUGAGCAGCCCUAAGUGUCAUCACCAAUAAUUUGCCCCACUCCUUCAAAAAAUAAGAAAAAGAAAAAAAAAAGAUGAAGCUAAAAGCUGAUUUUCUAAUGAGUUUUUCCUUUGUUUUUGUUUUUUUCAUCUAUAGCAAUUCAACAGACUGUAUUCUGAGAUCAAGGCAAGGCACCUGUAACCAAGCCAUUUGUGGGCGUACCCCAAAGAGCUGGGUUAGAGGUAUGUACUGGUGAAAUACACAGUACAGGACUUGGCAUGCUGAGCUAAAAAAAAUACUUUUUUUUCUAAUUAUGUCCAGUUUAAAAACUUGUCAUUAAACACCAAAAAUAUUAAAGUCUAAUUUAUAACUAAACUUUGCAUUGCUGCUUCAGAAAAUAACACAACAGCCGCCUUGCCCAUGCUCUGCUGAGUAUGAGUGGAACGCAGCCAAAAAUUGGGAUGGUGUUAAGUUCAGUUCAUUAAAAACUGGAAAAGAUUAUAUUUGAAAUGGAUUUAGGUAGCGCAAUUCUUGUUAGUCAUAAUUAUUGUUUUUCAAAUAAUGAAGAUUAGUAGAUGAAAAAUGAGCCUUAAUUCAGGCCUACAAGGCCUACAGAGUUCUUUGGACCCACUUUCUCAAAAACCAGUGGGUCUUGCUCGCUGGGCAAGGCAAAUGUUACCAUUACCAGUAAGCUUGUGAUAUGUAUAAAACACACACACACACACACAGAAAGAAACUAUAGGGGGAUGUCAAACACUUAUCUUAGAAAGCUUUCCACUGGUCAUGUUUGACACAUUUCCCUCCCCAUUUAUGCUGACCUCAGGAGCACGGUAUCUGAUAUUAGAGCAUAUUCAUAAUUUAAUCAAUAGUGUAAGUCAACGACAACAACCUUAUUCUUUAUAGAUGCAAUUUAUAAUUAUAGGUUUAGAAGGCUUCCUGAUUCCCUGAUUGCUUUCCAAACUCAGCUACCUGCAACAUUUAAGUUUUAGAGAAAACACAAUCCCUGCAAAAGAUCACGGACAGUGGAAGCGAGCAGCCUUGUAAAAAAAAAGGGGGGGGGGGG